AUGGCCACUACUUCCACAUCCACAAUUCACAACUCUAGGCAGUACUUUUACACAUCGACGAUGGAUUCCACAGCGGAUAAAGAAGAACGCAAGCGCGAGUACAAUCGUCUUGCACAAAGAGAAUUCCGCCGAAGAAGAAAGGAACAUCUCAAGAACCUCGAGCAUGCGCAGAAAGAACAGAGCUCCGAGCAAUCGGAAGAGAUUGAGCAUUUGAGAUAUCAGAACGACGAACUCAGAAGAGAGAAUGAAGUUCUUCGGGCACAACUUUACGGUUCAACCUCACAGGGUCUCCUACUUCAACCCGUAGGACAGAUUCCUUCCGAUCACCGACAAUAUUCUUUAUCCCCAUCUAUCUCCGGCGCAUCUAUUUCCAAUGCCGGUAGCCCUCCCGCUUCUCUAAGUUCAGACAUGAUGUCUAUGGGCUCCAUACCCAUGACAUCUACGAUGAUAUCACCUUCUACGUAUGCAUAUGCCGAUUCGGCAGCUCUGUCUUCUCAGCCAUACAAUAUGGUACAUCAAUCCGGCCUCCGUCCACAUAACUCACAAAGCUCACCUGAAAUAUCAGGGUACACACGAAAUCCUCGAUCUUCAAUGGGGUCUUCCUAUUUUCAACAACACCCAACUCUAAACAUUCCUCGUGCCGACGGUAGUGGAAACGCCACAACUCAACCAUCAAGAGGAUCUUCUGCAAAACAAAAUGUCUCGAUGGCCAUGAUGCCUUACGAUCGCAAAAAGGGAUGCACUCAAAUCCGAGAGCUAUUUCGCCCCCUCCUCUCCGAUCCCUCGAUUUUAAAUGGCUCCUCCCCCGACCAUCAUCUCGCCCUUCUCCGCUCCAUGACCGAUAUUCUCCCUACAACCCUCAAGCCCAACAAGUCGCAAUUAGAAACACCCCACUACUACGCUAUCGAUAUGAUCGCCUCUCCUUCAUUACGGGACCGUCUCAUGGCCUUAACAAGCGAUGUGGCGCAAAGCUUUAUUCGGGACUUUGGGAGUUGUAUUGGCGAGGCAGAUGACAUAGGACAAGUCAUCAUCUGGGGAGAUCCCUACAACGAGCUAUCGUGGGAAGUAUCACAACCGUUAUUGGAGCGAUGGGGCUGGUUACUCGGCCGGGAUUUUGUCGAUAGAAGUAAUGCAUGGAGGAUCCAACGAGGUGCUCCUCCCUUACCUGAAUGGUAA